AGGAUGCUUGGUUUUGUUAGAACAAAUAACUGAAGCAAUCUCCAAAGGUUCAAUUGAUCAGUUCCCUCGGCGUUCCAUCCGGGGAGAUUCGAGUUGAGCACUCCGCAAAGCUAAGUUAUUAUCCAGCGGAGGAGUAUGGAAGUGCAGUUUCUGCACCUUGGCUUUGGUCUUCUACUUCUGUUGUCGGUACAGCAGCACGCCGCUGCUGUUGUGAUUCCUAGCCCUCAAUGCCAGACGCAUUGUGGUGGCAUUGAGAUUCAGUACCCGUUCGGCAUCGGUGACAACUGCUCAUCACCAGGUUUUAACGUCAGCUGCCUGGCUCAAGGUAGCGUCUACAAGCCAUUCAUUGGUAAUCUGGAGCUGCUGAACAUUUCCUUGAUUCAUAGCACAAUCCGGGUGCUCAACCAUAUCUCAACAUACUGCUACAACCACUCUUCCGGUCACAUGGAGGGUAGUUCAUGGACUCUCAACGGAAGUAGUUCUUCCUAUCGGUUCUCAGACGUCCACAACAAGUUCACUGUCAUAGGAUGCAACACCCUUGCCUACAUCUCCGACAUCAACGGCACGGGCUACCAGAGUGGGUGCGUUUCGACAUGCAGCGAUCCGUCAGACUUAGUGGAUGGCUUCUGCUCUGGCAUGGGCUGCUGCCAGACGGCGAUACCCAAGGGGAUGGGCUACUAUAAGGUCGGCUUCGACAGCGGUUUCGACACAAGCCAAAUCUGGAGGUUCAGCCGGUGCAGUUAUGCCGUGUUGAUGGAGGCAGACAAAUUCAAUUUCAGCACCACAUACAUCAACACCACCAAAUUCAACGACACCAGCAUUGGGCGGGCACCCGUUGUGAUUGACUGGGCGAUAAGAAAGGGGAGGAUGUCGUGUGAGGAAGCCAAACUGAACAAGAUGGGCACUUAUGCAUGCCUCAGUAGGAACAGCGAGUGUGUGGAUUCACCCAACGGACCAGGCUACCUGUGCAACUGCUCCAAAGGUUAUGAAGGCAACCCGUACCUUGACGACGGAUGCCAUGAUGUUGAUGAAUGCAAUUACAGUCCAUGCCCUUCAUCAGGCGGUAUUUGCCACAACUUGAAAGGAAGCUAUAGAUGUUCUUGUAGAGUUGGAAGGAAGUUUAACGAGCAAGGCCAUACAUGUGACCCUGAUACCGGCUUAAUAAUAGGAGUUACAGUCGGCUCUCUUGUUCUCGUGAUUUUCUCCUCCUUAGGAUACAUGAUUCUUCAAAAGAGAAAGCUGAACCAAGUUAAGCAAGAACAUUUUCGAGAACAUGGGGGCAUGAUUCUGUUUGAGAGGAUGAGAUCAGAAAAAGGUCUUGCUUUCACGGUGUUUAGCGAAGCUGAACUGAUACAAGCCACAAACAACUACGACAAGAGCAGAAUAAUUGGAAAAGGAGGCCAUGGAACAGUCUACAAAGGGAUAGUUAAGGGCAACAUGCCUGUUGCGAUUAAGCGAUGUGCGCUUAUUGAUGAAAGGCAAAAGAAGGAAUUUGGACAAGAAAUGCUAAUACUCUCCCAGAUCAACCACAAGAACAUUGUCAAACUAGUGGGUUGUUGCCUUGAGGUGGAAGUUCCAAUGUUGGUCUAUGAAUUCAUCCCAAAAGGCACACUGUUUGAACUUAUCCAUGGCAAGAACCAAGCAUUACAAAUCUCUUUCAGCACUUUAUUAAGGAUUGCUCAUGAAGCAGCUGAAGGUCUCAAUUUCCUACACUCAUACGCAUCUCCCCCAAUUAUCCAUGGUGAUGUGAAGACUGCCAAUAUUCUUUUAGAUGAAAACUACAUGGCAAAAGUGUCAGAUUUUGGAGCCUCCAUACUAGCCCCAUCAGAUAAAGAACAGUAUGUCACAAUGGUUCAAGGUACCUGUGGCUACCUCGACCCUGAAUACAUGCUGACAUGCCAACUGACAGAGAAAAGCGACGUCUUUAGCUUUGGUGUUAUCCUUCUAGAGGUACUCACUGGCCAAGAGCCUCUGAAGUUGGAUGGGCCUGAGACGGAAAGAAGUCUGUCGUCAAAUUUCUUGUCCGCUAUGAAGGAGAACAAUCUUGAUGCGAUCUUGCCGAGCCAUGUAAAGGGACAAGAGAACAAUGAAUUGAUCAGAGGCCUUGCGGAGCUAGCCAAGCAGUGCCUGCACAUGUGUGGCAGCAACAGACCAUCGAUGAAGGAGAUCGCCGAUGAGCUCGGCAGAUUGAGGAAGCUUUCACUGCAUCCUUGGGUACAAGUCGAUGUUGAGAUGGAGACUCAGAGUCUUCUCGGUGGAGCGUCAACUGCUAGCUUUGAAAUGGAAGGUGCCACUAGUAUUGGUUAUCCUACACAAGAAGGUGAGAACCUGCCCAUGAACCCAGGAAGUUCGUACUACGCCAGGUGAUCAAAGCAUAUGUCCUAGUGCACUGUAGUUCCUUAAAACUUCUGCAUGCUAGGGCAUUUGCGAGCUAGUAGCUGGUCUGCUAUCUAUUUGCGUAUGGUACAAUAUAUAUAUACACUACAAAGUUCUGUCUCUCUGUAUAUGCACUCUGUUUCAACGCAUCAUGCAUGUCUGCAAUAUAGAAGUUUUUGCAAUAUAUAUUCUAGGCA